AUGGAUGAGCGUGUUCAUGCCACAGUGAAAUGGGUCGAGGCGUCAGUCAAAGCCUCACCCUACAUCUGGAGUGCAGCUGGUCUGACCUUUCUUCUCGGCGUGCAAGUACUUUUGGCGGUAGCCAUUCUUCACGGUGACGAGGCCACUGUACGGAGACAAUUACACUCUCUUCACAGGGUUGACAGCGACAACGAUGCGGUCUCGAAUGAGAACCUAGAGCCAAAUGAAACAGAAAAGAAGGACACCAGUAGCCGGUCAGCAUGCCAGGUUAUUGAACUUUCUCCCAUCGCUUCAUGCGCAACUAUCAAAGUCAAAUCGAAUCAGGAUCUUGAUGAUCAAGACAAACACAACAACUCUUACCUGUUUGCCGUCGACUCUCACCAAGCAGAUGACCAGGGUUUUGCCAUCUGGAAAUCUCUGGAUCAGCGGACCAAACCUGCAUUAUCACAAAUAAAGACCGAAUUAUGGCUUCCAAAAUCCAAUGCCGUCAAAAGCGAUCCUUUGGUUCAGGCCGGGGGAUGCAUCGUCAUGUCAUUUGCUGAUCCUGCGGUGCCGAGUUGGCUGGAUCAGAUCGCUGGAAUGAUUGGCAAGAAUUUGAAGACGCCUCAGGUUGCUUGCAUCCUGCCACUACAAUUCUCCCUAGACGACAUUGAGCAGAAUAAGCUCAUCAUGAGGCGAUUCAAGAUUGAUGGAGAGGAUGGGAAGGGUUUGGACCUGGAGAAGUUUCCUGCAGUUUCGGAUAUUUUGCCCAAAUUGAGGCUUUUUCUUGGGUAUUCUGAGCAGCAAGGCAUCACGAUCUUCAAGCGGGCGUAG